AUGUCUGCAAGUACCACCAUUGAACCCUCGGUAGAAGAAGUUGAAGGAUAUAAUACGGACGCGCUUAUCACUGUCUUAAAUGGAAAAAACUUUGGCCUUAACGAAAAUGAAAUUCAAAUUAUUCAUGAACAGGGGAUUGAUGGUGCUAGCUUUCUUAUGUUAAACAAAAAAAGGUUUAAGGAAUGUAACAUUAGAAUUGGACCAAGAGCUAAGCUUGUCAACUGGAUUAAUAAUUUAAACAACCAAAGUCAAUCCGUUGUUGGACAAGGUGAUUUUCCUAAUUUAAAUUCUCUGAAGGAUGUAGUUGAGGAAAUCGUUAGAGGUCUUGAUUUUAAAAUGGAGCAGGGUUUUAAUAAAAUACGUCAUGCUAUAGAGAAAGCGAUCUAUUCACCAGGUACUGAUUUAACGGAAACUGAGAAGGGUAAAACUGUUAUGGAUAAAGGAACACAUAUUGUGUUUCCGCUCAAAUGGACCACGAGUAGCAAAAGAAGUGGAAAUGGAAGGUUUACAAAUUCGCCUAACAGAAAUGCAGAUCCAAAAGAAGAAGAAGUACAACAAUACUUUAUUAACGAAUGCAAGGAACUAGAUAAAACUCCAAAUAUAAAAAACAAGCUUAUUGUUGUGGAUAAGCAUUCUUCACCAUCACUAGGAACUUGA